AUGAUGAGUGUUGAAACUCUGUCCGAUGCCCGUGUUCCUAUCAUCAAGUUUGAGGCCGAUGACGGUCGUGGUUCUGCCUUUCACUGCGAUCUUAGUGUCAACAAUGUUCUUGCCUGUGUCAACACCGACUUGCUCUACACAUACACGAUGCUGGACGCAAGGACGAGGCCUCUGAUUAUGUGCGUCAAGCACUGGGUAAAACAACGUCAAAUUCACAAUGCCUUCAAACGCUAUCUGAGUUCGUACACGUAUGCGUUGAUGGUGAUACAGUACCUGCAGUAUGAACGAGUGCUGCCGUGCUUGCAAAAUAUCCGUCGCGAGGAGGCAAAGUGGAAGAAUGAUCCAUCGUUUUCUGUUCUCUGGAACGGAGAGGCAUACGACUGCUACUUCUACAGAAACUUUGAGACUUUGGCUGGUAACAGCACAAAACUCAGGAACAACUCUUCAUCGCUGGGGCUCCUUCUCGUUGGCUUCUUUCACUUCUACUCCAAUGUCUUUGAGGUUGAUCAAGGAGUUGUGAGCAUUCGGAGUGGAAGACUUCUAAAAAAGAAGGCCAAGGGAUGGGAUUCUCCUGAGGGCUUUAGAAAUCAGCAUAUCCUUUGCAUAGAAGAUCCCUUCGACGUCGACCUUGACUUGGGGAGAUACGUCAUUGGCACCACCGUCAGCGAUAUCCGUGAGGAGUUUGCAAGGGCAUUGGAGAUCCUUCAAGGGUCCGGGAGCUUCGAGGAGGUUUGA